AUGGCACCUAGACAGUCCAAGACAGCUAAGAGGAAUAAAACUCAAAAUAAGACGAGAGAAAAUGAGUCAGAUAUUGUAUCAGAUUCGGCAGCAAGGAACCUCUUAGCUGAUCAACCAAAAUUAACUCCAAAGUCAAAAGUUAAGAAGCUCUCUAAAUUACAAGUCAAGAAACAACAGGCCAAAAUAAGGCUAUACGGGGCAAAGAAUGGUAAAGAAUACAAGGAGGAACAGUUAGAUAUACCGACUUUGAAUAGGGCGAUAGUACCAGGUGUCAAGGUCAAGCGUGGUAAAAAGGGCAAGAAGUUCGUCGAUGACCAUGACACAUUGACUCUAACUAGGUUGGUCAAGAGUAUAAAUGACAAGCACGACGAGGUUAAUGAGAGUAAAUUGGAAAAAUCUAAACGGUUGGAAGAAAUAAGGGAGUUAAAGAGACAGGAGAUUGAAAGGAAAGAACAACAAAAGAAGGACAAAUUGGAUGGAAAGAAGGACGAGUUGAGAAACAAAGCUUCAGUCGCUAGGUCAACCAGAAGAAAGAAUGCAAAAGCUAGAAGGGCCGAGGAAGAGGUAGAAGAAACAAGACCAAAGAAGAAAAAGGUGAGUUUCGCAUGA